ACUACUGUAGUCAUUUAAAGGAUCACUUCAAAAACUUUUCAGCGCAUUAGAGGGACAGAUGAUGAUGAUGAACUGUCGUCAUUUUAUCAUCCAUUGAUUAGCGAUCUCCUGUGGGUGCGCGCGCGUCCUCUGUCCAGACAGCCGCGCGCCUGUCCUCUAGACAGCGGCGGCGAGGAGGCGAAGGCGGCCUGGCCUGCCUGGAAUAGACGCAGGACGCCGACGUCAAAGCAACAAGCGAAGAACUCCCCUCGGCCGGGCCACGUAGCGGGGCGGCUUAGGUCGCCGCUCGGGCACCCGUCGGCAACAGCCCCGCGUCGCGGUUCAUCUCGGGACAGCGGGUUCUUCUCCACUCCCCUCCCGUGGUAGAAGAAGCACAUGAAACCCGGAUUGUGCGCGAUCCUGCCUGCAUGGGCUCCGGGAGGAGGUAAGUGAGCCUGGCAACCAACAAGUCAGCCAAACAAGCAGCCGGACAGCCAACCGGACCGCCACUUCAUCCCGACCCGUUCAUAUGUACGACACGCCGGAGGAUGCGCUCGCUGCUCAUCAGCAGCCGGUGACCGAAGCUGCGGGGACCGACUCCGGUGAUGCUCAGUUCAUGGACCCUCAUGGCAGAACCACGUGAAGUGCGUCUUUCUACUACUUUACCUGCACUUUCCUGUACAGGAAGUGAACUUUAGCUUCGCUGGCUGUUAUUUUUAAAGCUCAUGGAGGCACGCGCAGGACCGGUUGUAUGUCUUUCUGACAUAAUUUCCCGCCCCGAACAACAUGGAGGCUUUGUUUGAAUCCGGUUGACUGUCUCAUACACCUCAUCCCCUCCUUCCUGUUGAGGGAAGUUGGGGGUUUGGUGGGGUAGCUCUUCCCUUUUAUCACUUCAGCAUCCUAACUUUUCAUGAAAUCCUGCCAAAGUCUCAAGGAGGAGGUCUCCAUCCCGUGCCUUGGCGGGAUGUCGCAGGAGGAGGGACGCAGGUCGCAAGUGUCGCAGUCCUACUACCAUCCCCCCAACCCAGAGGUGGACCUGACGGGCAAGCUUUAUAAGAGGGAGGCGGGCGGCAAGCCCUACUCGGUACUGGUGGACAACAAAAUGACGACGAAGACGGCGGUGGGUGACAACGAUCAGCCAUAUUUCCGCGAGGGCGCGCCGGGAAGAGAUGUACGAACGGAGGUGGACGAGGCCACCUCAGAGGACACCGAAGAUGACGACGAGGAAGAGGAAGGCGAGGACGACGGCGAGGAGGAGGGCUUCAAGCGUGAGCAGAUCAUCGUGGAGGUCAACCUCAACAAUCAGACCCUCCACGUAUCCAAGGGCGACAACAAAGGCGGCGCGACCGGAGACGAUUCCGAAAGAGGUUUCAGCGAGGAUGACGAGGAUGGGGAAGAGCGUGAAGAUGAGAGCCCCGACGAUAAUGAGGACGACGAAGAGGACGAGGAGAUGGAAAGCCGGAGGACGAGGUCAAAGAGGGCCCACAGAAGUGCUGGUGGCGCUUCCGGCCAGUCACAGAGGAAGAGUCUCCGGACAGCUCUGAGCUCGCCGGCCUCCGGGAUGACCACCAGGGGACGACGGAAGCACGCCGAGACGGUAAAGGGCCACCGUCGCUCCGCCCGCUCAGCGCCGCUGCCGUCCGCGGCCGCCUUGGUGCCGGGCGGCAAGGCCGAAGGAGAAAAGGAGAUGCUGGCGUGUGAAAAGUGCCCCCGCGUGUUCAACACACGCUGGUACCUGGAGAAGCACAUGAACGUGACGCACAGGAGGAUGCAAAUCUGCGACAAGUGCGGGAAGAAGUUUGUUCUGGAGAGCGAGCUGGCCUUGCACCAGCAGACCGACUGCGAGAAAAACAUCCAGUGUGUCUCCUGCAACAAAUCCUUUAAGAAGCUGUGGUCACUGCACGAGCACAUCAAGAUCGUGCACGGCUACGCAGAAAAGAAAUUCUCGUGCGACAUCUGCGAAAAGAAGUUCUACACCAUGGCCCACGUCCGCAAGCACAUGGUUGCUCAUACCAAGGACAUGCCGUUCACCUGCGAGACCUGUGGCAAGUCAUUCAAGCGCAGCAUGUCCCUCAAGGUGCACUCCCUGCAGCAUUCUGGAGAGAAGCCCUUCCGUUGCGAGAACUGCGACGAGCGCUUCCAGUACAAGUACCAGCUGCGCUCACACAUGAGCAUCCACAUCGGUCACAAGCAGUUCAUGUGCCAGUGGUGCGGCAAAGACUUCAACAUGAAGCAGUAUUUUGACGAGCACAUGAAAACGCAUACAGGAGAGAAGCCGUUCAUUUGCGAGAUUUGCGGCAAGAGCUUCACCAGCCGGCCCAACAUGAAGCGCCACCGCCGCACGCACACGGGAGAGAAGCCAUACCCCUGCGAGGUGUGCAACCAGCGCUUCCGCUUCUCCAACAUGCUCAAGGCGCACAAGGAGAAGUGCUUCCGGGUCACCAGCCCCAUGGUGCUGCAGACCGGCGGGCCGCCGGUGCCGGUUGGCAUUUUCGCCAGCACUUUCUCCACCUCCUCCUCCUCUUCGUCAUCCUCCGGUCCCGGCCCUUCCGCGGCGUCCCCGCCGGCCGUCACCGCCGCGACCGCCCAGGGGCUCACCGCGCCCGGGGCGGCCUUGCCCUCGCGGGGAUCUUUGGGACACGCUUUCGCCCACGUGCAGCUGCACACGGCCUCCUCGCACCACCACCCCCAACAGCACCUCGCAAAUUCAGCCCAAGCCGCGCCGCCGCACAACCCGCUCCAUGCCCACCAUCACCACCACCACCUUGCGGUGCCCCCGGUCGCCCACCUGCCGCCCCCACCUGCCCUUUUUAAAAGCGAGCCUCUAAACCACUGUGGGCACGAAGAGAGCAGCUACCUGCACCACAUGGCUCCCGCAGAGAAGGGUCCCGGAGCCCCUCAACAUCACUGAAUUACGAACCAAAAACCUGCGGACCCCCCUUCCCCCUGGUCACAUGUACGUACCAUCAACACCUUGGAUGUGUCAACAACUGGGCCACUUUUUUUCCCCUUCAAGCUAAUCCCAGUCCUUCAUUUACACCAACCACGUGGCACCAAGUUAAGCUACAUUUUCACCAAGCAGUACAGCUCACUUCAGGUCCUUAUCACAAAAGGUUCCUAAAUAUCUUGUACUCCCGCUUUGUGCAACAUUUGUAGUGGUAUGGUACAGUCCACCUGCUGUUCACUGAUUGGGCAGUUUGUAAUAUAGAAUGUAAGGGGCCCAAAAUUGCAAGUUUACCUUGGAUUUAAGCUAACUUGUUUGGUUCACAUUGGGUACAGUAAAGGAACAAAAUGCAAUACAUUGAAGUGCUUUUCAGUUAUGUAAACCUGAACACAUUGACAUUUAAAAUGAAACAAACCGCUAGCAGUAAAUUCUCCAAUAAAUGAAAGAUUAUCUAAUUAAAAAAAAAAAAUUGGGGGGCGGGCAAAAGGUGACCUUAUUUUUAGGUGAAUGCUGCAAACUGUUAAGGGCACAAGCCACAGGGCCGGACCCAAAUGCAGGACUCCGAGACGAGGACAUGAUAUUAAACGUGGUUUUUUUUCCAAACUGAGGUCAUGUACCAAUAAGCAAUCCAAAUCAGGCAGAAGCAAAAAAAAAACCGCUAGGCUACAGGCAACAUCCAAAAACAUAAGGUAAAGCUCCGAUGACUAUGAGGCAACACAUGACACGUGAACAAAAACGAGACUAUGGGGGUGCAGAUACGCCGUGACAAGUGGAUGCUCUCCACAAAACCUGCGACUUACGCACUGUAGCAGAGUAUCCCAAAAUGCAACGAACUGGCAAAUGCUUAGCCGCUUAUCCUCACGAGGGUCGCGGGGAGUGCCGGAGAGCCCAUCCGAGCUGUCAACGGGCAGGAGGCGGGGUACACCCUGAACUGGUCGGCAGCCAAUCGCAGGGCACAUGGACACAGACAACAGUCGCACUCACAAUCACAAUCACACCUAGGGGUAAUUUAGAGGGUCCAAAUAAUGUUGCAGCACUAAAAGCUUGAUCAAUUAUAAAAAAAAAAAGUUAUAGUAUGCAGUAUUUCAAAUGUUUCUUUUUAUGAAAAUGCAACAUUUGUGGUGUUGGUGUUUUUUUUUCUUUUUAUUAGAACGUUACAGAUGUAGACAAGUAUAACACUAACACUACAGUCUGGUCUUCGUUGUAGUUUGCCACGGCCAGAGGUGGAGCACCGCUGUGUUUGUUUACAGAGCAGAGUUCAAGCUUAAAGCGGUUUCACUUCCCAUCCCUUUUGCCGAAUGUUGCGCGGGGGGACUUAGUAGGCCUCUGUACUAAGACCGAAAGAUCCGUCCCAGAAAAAUAAUCAAUACAUCCGCCCUUACGUCUCACUUUGAAGUGAAAACUGGUCUAAAAAAAGGUUCUGAACUCGAUCCCGUCGACGUUCCUGUGUGUUGUUGUGGGCUGUUUGGUGGAAACGUGGCUUAACGACGGCGCCAUCCCACUCCGCUCUAUGAAUUUUUCACGAAUCUUUGACCUCCCGAGCGGGGUCACAAAAGGCCGUUAAUGUAAGGGUGCUCCUCUGGAACACAUUUCAUGUGUUUGAAAAGGCAGGUACAGCCCGUCUAAUUUUAGACGAGCUUUACAAGUGGUGAGUAUUCUCAAAUGGAUUGUGGGUGGACUUUUUUUUUUUUUGGGGUAUUUUUUUUCCUGGAUGUCCAAAAUAUUCUGUGAAUGUUGUCGCUGGUUGAAGAACGCAGUACCACGGAGUACAGCCUGAAAGAAAAGGGUGGAAUUUUAUUUGUAAUUUUUUUUCCGACUUAAAAUCGAGCUCUUAUGGAAUGAGAUCCGUGGCGGUUUAAUGACGCUUUCCAUUCCGGUAGACGCGAUCGCUUUACUUUUGCUUCGCCGUUCGAAUUCCAGCCAAGCCGCGCGGCUAAACGUGGGGCCGGUCAAGAAAAGGAUCGUUGGGAAGAAACUCAGGUUUUACAGGACGGGAAAAGAUGAGCGCCAACUCCUCGCUUGUUCCGCACCGCAACUGUGAGGGCCCCGCACACGUGGGGCGCCCCCGAUCAGGGACCAAACCCUCAACCCCAGCCCCCACCCCUGUUCCCCUUCCUCCCCGAUUCUCCACUUCUGCCACGCUGCUGUCAAUAAUACGGGUUGCCAUGUUAAACCUCAUUUAACAUGUUCACUCAACACACACCCGAGUCCCUCGCUUUACUUGAUCGUUUUCCAACCUCGGUCCCGCCCGAGCUCAUUUUUAGCCCGUUGAAUGUUGCCCGCGCGGAAGGACGGACGAUGAUUUUUUUUGGGGGGGGGCGGACGACGUGGCAGGCGCGUUUUGCAGCUUCCCGUUACUUGGACGCAAAUCAAGUCGGUCGCAAGCGCGCCAACGAUCACAUCGCUAACAAAAAUGUAUCAGCCGAUGGUGUGAAUGUCAUUCCCUUUCAAAUAGAGAGCGGCGACUGUCAGCGGAGGUGCAGUACUGCGCAAAAGUCCCAGGCGAGCAUUAAGAUUUCUCGUUUGAUCCAUACGAUAUUAAUGUGGCUCCACCUCCUUUUUACGCAGCCUGGAAUUCUUUGCCUUUUUUCCAGGUUGCAGAUGUGAGAGCCAAGCCGCAUGUUUUGCUUUAGAAACAACUAGCAGGCAAAAAAUAUCGCAAUGAGUGUAUACGGUGAGGCGGCACGGUCGGCCUCACAGUUCUGAGGUCACGGGUUCAAUCCCGGCCCCGCCUGUGUGGAGUUUGGAUGUUCUCCCCGUGCCCGCGUGGGUUUUCCUCCGGGAACUCCGGUUUCCUUCCACAUCCCAAAAACGUGCAACAUUAAUUGGAGACUCUAAAUUGUCCCUAGGUGUGAUUGUGAGGGUGGCUGUUCUCUGUCUCAAUGUGCCCUGUGAUUGGCUCGUGACCAGUUCAGGGUGUACCCUGCCUCCCGCCAGUUGACAGCUGGGAUAGGCUCCAGCAAGCCCCAUGACCCUCUUGAGGAUAAGCAGCGAGGUUAAGGGAUGGGUUUAUAUGGUGAUAGCUUGAGAUACGAGUUUAAAUUGUUCCUUGACCAUGCUCAAAACUCAACACCGCCCAGCAGGCACAAAACGUGGAUUUUACGUUGAAACAACGUCCAGGUCCAACGUCGAAAAUUCAUUGUUUUAACGUUGUAUUUGUAAAUUGCGACGACGUCACAAUCUAACCUACAAUCAACGUUGUAAUACAAGACAACGUCCAAGUCCAACGUCAAAAAUUAGUUGUUUUAACAUUGUAUUUGUAAAUUGCGACGCCGUCAAACGCUAACCUAGAAUCAAUGUUGUCUUACGACGUUAAAACAACGUCCAGGUCCAACGUCGACAAUUCGUUGUUUUAAUGUUGUAUUCGUAAAUUGCAUCGACGUGACAAUCCAACGUAAAAUCAACGUAGCCAUGCUACAUGGAAAUUGAGCCAUUAAAACUAUAGCUUGAAACCUUUAUUACGCAGUGUCAAACUACCAACAAUUAGCCCACAGUAAUACAUGUAUGUUUAACAUUUCGAACAAAUAACUCUUUUCUUAAAGUACAUUACAAACAAAAUAAAAUAUAGUGUAAUUGAGAGAGUGGAAAUGGCGGCUAGCUAGCCUCUCUGCAGAAGAUGUUUCACCACUCACGACACGACCAACUGACUGAUAGUUUAGACGGAUUAAUUACGAUAAAAAUUGUAAAUCGCAAUGAACGAUUGCCGACAAUUAGAAAACGAGGAACGGCAGCAUCGCGUGCGGUGCGUCGUGGAAAUAUUUUCAGACAGUAACUGACACGUCACGUUAGGUGCGACACUAGGAAUAAACGUUGAAACAACGUAAAAAUUCAACUGUGGAAUUUACGUUGAAUUUCGGUUGUUCGACGUCGCGACCUAAAACAACGUGGAUUCAACGUUGAAUCCACGUCUUGUGCCUGCUGGGCAGUGCCAUUUAGAUGCUAAUAAUUAGUCUAUGGGGCAGCACGGUGUGGCAGUGGCCUCACAGUUUUGAGGACCAGGGUUCAAAUCCUGGCCCCCGCCUGUGUGGAGUUCACAUGUCCUCCCCGUGCCUGCGUGGGUUUUCUCCGGGCACUCCGGUUUCCUCUCUUAUCCCAAACAUGUGCAUUAAUUGGAGAGUCUAAAUUGCCCCUAGGUGUGAUUGUGAGUGCCACUGUUGUCUGUCUCCAUGUGCCGUGCGAUUGGCUGGCGACUAGUUCAGGGUGUACCCCGCCUCCUGCCCGAUGACAACUGGGAUAGGCUCCAGCACUUCUGUGACCCCCGUGAGGAUAAGCAGGUUGGAAAAUAAAUGGACGUAUGGAUGGAUAGUCUAUGUUUUAAUGGCCUUUCCCAUUUUAUGUUAGCAUUCAAGGAGCGGAACCUGUGAGGUCACUUAAUUAAUUCUAUUUGUUUGAUGUUUAGUUUGACAAUAACCUUCGAAAUCUGGGCCUGGCUGAUAUAUCGAUGGAUAAAGAUGUGUUAUUUGGAGCAAAUAAAGAAUAAUUUCCUGGUCAGUGAAGUUAAAUUGGGAAAUUUGGUAUUGCGUGGGGUUGGAAAUCCCUGCAGGACUUGCCGGCAGUGAUGUCACACAUCGCCACUUGGCUGACGGCAGGAUCUCAUCUAAAAAAUUGGUUUGGUUGAGCAUAGACAUCUCGCAAGGGUGGGGGUGAUCCUGCAUCCUAAUCCACCAAUAUUUGCGGAAAUUGGUUUUGGUGCUUAAUAUACUUAAGUGCAGUUUACCAUUUCAAAAUGGUGGACAAAAGACUUUUGCGGAGUACUGUUUAUGAUGUCGUUUUUAUAUAUAUAUAACACCAAUAAUCUUGUAUUUGGGCAGACGGUGGCAUUUAAUCGCGUGUGACUCUCUUUUUACAAUGUUUAAAAGCGAGAAGUUUGAGGUUAUCCCUUCUCCGAUCGAUCGGACCUGCAGUUUGCGCUUUUUUUUUUUUUUAUUGCGGCUCUUCGGUUUCACUUCCCUCAUCAACUCAUCAUCCAGUUGCAAUACGGUUCUUUGUCUUCUCUGAUGCCUUUUUUUUGUUUUGUUUUGUUUGUUUUUGCGUGUAUUCUCUGCACUUUAGCGCCGCGUGGGCGAGGCGCAGGGAAGCGGCGAUUGUAUUGUGAAACGGACCGCAGUCCAGGCUGCGCGUGGUAUGGUUGACGAGUGUUUUUUUUUUAACAUAUAUGAAUAUAUCUAUGUAACUUCCUUUUAGGUGAGGGAAGGAGGAGAACGGCAGGUGAUGUGGAAGGGACCAUAGCAAAAAAAAAAACAUUUUUAACUCAAAAAUCGUGUUUUCCUAAACAAAACAAAAAAAAAAGGAAAGCUUCUUCCUGCUUUCCCCAUCCAAGCUCUGUCCACAGUCCUCUUUUUAUUUUCAUGUUUUUGCUAAGAUGGCCGAAUGAUGAUGAUUAUGAUGAUGACGCUCCUCCUUUCUUUGCUGCAUAGAAUGCACUUUCUACUACUAAAACUCUUGGCUAGUUGCAAAACAAAACAAAAAAAAAUAACAUUGUAUAUUCUAAGAUUAUAAGAUGUUUUAAAAAGGAAAAUCAUUGUACUUUUCCCCCCCUCUCCCCGUUACCCUUCUUUCUAUUUCUAACCACUUAAUGUAGCAUUUAUUGUGUAUUUUAUUAUUAUUGCUAUUAAUAUUAUUGUAUCUGGUACAAAAUGUGCAGCUUUAUAAUGUCCUGUUUUGUUUUUAUUUUUGUAUGUUCUCGCGAGAUUUGAGGAGAUUGGAAAGAAAAAGUUGUGCUUUUUUUUCUUUUUAUUAUUAUUAAUUUUUUUUUGAUAAUGUAC